AAAUAUCUAGACCAACACACAAACUCUCUCUAGGCUUACUCUAACUUGACAACUAUUGUGAUCAACUUCGUACCCCAUCCUUCUCUCUCUAAAAUUGCUGUUGUACCACUCGAAGUUGGUGAGAAAUUAUUUGUUACUUUUUAGAUUUUGUCACUUUCUUUCAGUUUCCUAGGUAAAUUCUGAAAACGAACCCUAGACAAAUUCUCUUCUUAGAUUGGUGUUGAUUGAUGACUGAGGCUGAUAACACGGAUCGAGUUAUGCAGAAUCUUAAGUAUGUGUACCUGAAUCGAAGGUGAUAUCCUGUAUCCAUGUGUAGAUUCCAAGGUUGAAGUGACAGGCUUUGUGAAAUUUCCACCGAGCUAGCAAAAAUCCAAGGUACAUUGAGUAUAAUGUCUGGAAGCCGGGAUGGAAGUCGUGACCUUGGUAGCCAAUCAGACGACAGCUUUCAUUAUGAAAGACCACACGUGGAGCCUAUUUAUGAUGCAUUCAUAUGCCCUCUUUCAAAACAAGUCAUGAGAGACCCUGUUACUAUUGAAAAUGGGCAAACUUUUGAGCGAGAAGCCAUUGAGAAAUGGUUUAAUGAGUGCAAGGAGAAUGGAAGGAAGCUGGUGUGUCCCUUAACAUUAAAAGAACUAAAAACAACAGACAUGAAUCCAAGUAUUGCUUUAAGGAACACAAUUGAAGAAUGGAAUGCUAGAAACGAAGCUGUGCAACUUGACAUGGCUUCCAAGUCUUUAUCUCCUGGUAGUUCUGAAACCGAUACUUUGCAGGCUUUGAUGUUUAUUCAGCAACUUUGUACUAAAAAUCUUUCAAGCAAACACAUUAUUCGUAAUGCUGAGCUCAUACCCAUGAUUGUUGAGAUGUUGAAGAGCACCAGUCGUAAAGUCCGGUGUAUGGCUCUUGAAACUCUUCGAGUUGUUGUAGAAGAUGAUAAUGAUAAUAAGGAGAUAAUGGCUGAUGGGGAUAAAGUGCGCACAAUUGUGAAGUUUUUGUCUCAUGAACAGUCUCAAGAAAGGGAAGAAGCCGUCUCUUUGCUCUAUGAGCUCUCAAAAUCCGAGGCUUUGUGUGAGAAAAUUGGUUCUGUUAAUGGUGCAAUCCUUAUUUUAGUUGGAAUGACAAGCAGCAAAUCAGAAAAUCUUUUUAUUGUUGAGAAAGCUGACAAAAUUUUGGAAAAUUUAGAGAAGAAUGAGAAUAACGUGAGGCAAAUGGCUGAAAAUGGAAGAUUGCAACCCCUCUUGACACUUCUCCUUGAAGGUUCCUCUGAGAUCAAAUUAUCUAUGGCUUCAUACCUGGGUGACCUGGCACUUAGCAACGAUAUAAAAGUCUUUGUUGCAAGAACUGUAGGCUCAUCAUUAAUCAACCUCAUGAAAACCGGUGACAUGCAAUCACGAGAAGCUGCUCUCAAAGCUCUAAAUCAAGUCUCCUCAUGUGAAGCAAGUGCAAAAGUUUUAGUUGAAGAAGGUAUCCUUCCACCUCUAGUCAAUGACCUCUUCGCGGGCCCCAACCGCCUUCCUAUUUUACUAAAAGAAUUAUCCGCCACAAUCCUCGCAAACAUCGUAACCUGCGACUGCGAUUUCAAUUCCAUCCCCGUGGGGCCCAACCACCAAACGUUACUCUCCGAAGACAUAAUCCACAACCUACUCCACUUAAUCUCCAACACCGGUCCAUCCAUCGAGUGCAAACUCGUUCAAGUCCUCGUCGGAAUCACCAAUUCCCCCGUCACCGUGAUUCCGGUCGCCAACGCAAUCAAAAGCUCCGGCGCCACUAUAAGUUUAGUCCAAUUCAUCGAAGCCCCACAAAAGGAUCUCCGGAUGGCUUCGAUUAAACUUCUCCAUAACCUCUCGUUACACAUUUCCCAAGAAUUAGCCAACUGUCUAUGCGGGCCCGCCGGUCAACUUGGUAGCCUGUUUAAAGUGAUAUCGGAAAACAUCGCGAGCACCGAAGAACAAGCGGCCGCCAUCGGAAUCGUGGCGGACCUUCCGGAACAAGACGUCGGGGUCACACGUCAAAUGUUAGACGAACGCGACUUCGAGAUCGUUGUUUCUAGAACAAAAAUGAUCCGACAAGGAGAAACGAGAAGAAGCCGUUUCGUAACACCGUACCUUGAAGGACUUGUCCGUGUCCUUUCGCGGAUCACUUUUGUUUUAUUCGAUGAGCCGAGAGCCGUCGCGUUUUGUCGGGACCACGAGCUCGCGGCGUUAUUCACCGAAUUACUCCAACAAAACGGGCUCGACAACGUGCAAAUUGCGUCCGCUCUCGCGUUAGAAAACCUCUCGCACGAAUCAAAAAACUUAACGAAAUUACCCGAGAUUCCGCCACCUGGAUUUUGCGGGUCCGUUUUUCCUUGUUUGGGGAAAAAACCGGUGAUGACGGGGCUGUGUAGGGUCCACGGGGGAGCGUGUACGCAACGGGAUACGUUUUGUGUGUUGGAAGGGCAAAGUUUAGCGCGAUUAGUGGCGUUGUUGGAUCAUACGAAUGAGAAGGUGGUUGAGGCUUCGUUAGCUGCUUUGUCGACUUUGUUGGAUGAUGGGGUGAAUAUAGAAGAAGGGGUGAGUGUGUUGUGUGAGGCUGAAGGGAUUAAGCCGAUUCUUGAUGUGUUGUUGGAGAAUCAGACUGAGAAUUUAAGGAGGCGAGCGGUUUGGAUGGUGGAGAGGUUGUUGAGGACGGAGGAUAUCGCGUAUGAGGUGUCGGGGGACCCGAAUGUUAGUACAGCAAUUGUGGAUGCGUUUCAACAUGGAGAUUAUCGGACACGACAAAUUGCGGAAAGAGCACUUAAACAUAUUGAUAAGAUACCUAACUUUUCUGGGAUCUUUCCUAACAUGGGUUGAAUCUUGUUUUGGUACAUAUAGAUAAGGUGGUGUUGUACUUGUAUGAUUUUGUUGUGAUUGUUAAUUGUUCAUAUUUAUUUCACAUGAUUUUCCAUGUAUUUUAUGUGGAGUUGGAAUGUGGUGGGUAAAAAUUGUGCAGUUCUUUUCUCUCUGUAGGAUUUUGAGUAAUUCUAUAGGAGUGAGGAUCGUAAAAGAUUGUCUAUUGUUAUUUGGAUUCCGUUGCGAUUCAAGACAUUUCUUGUAGUUGUAAGUAUAUUUUUCUUGAUUUUGGUUGAGUUGAUCAUUACUCA